AUGGACGCAGCAGCCAACACUCCUCGCCGUUCCUCGUGCGACCGGUGCCGGACCCAGAAACUCCGCUGUGUACCAUCCUCGGGCACAAAUUCCCCCGCACCAUGCGAGCGAUGUUCGAGGGCUAAGCUGAGCAAGUCGUGUAUCUUCAGUAAUCGCUCGCGGGCGGGGCGCCAUAAGCAGUCGUCCGAUGUUGACAGCCGGGCUCUACCAAAGACUACCGGACUGGCAACAGCAACGAUCCCGGGGAUGAGCGCCUUUGCUCUGUGCGACAUUGAAUCUCCAUCAGGUUCAUCGAUUCAGACGAAACAAAGCCCCUCGCGACUUGCCCAAGUGCCUGGCAAUGAUACGCCGGUAAUGGUUGGAGUGGAUGGUGAUGCGGCUGAUGCGCAGACAGAGAUGCCAUCCGAAUUAUGGGGUCAUGAGGACCGUAUAUUCAACUCGCUCUGCCUGGACCUACCUCUAUCUCACUCUGAGCCAUCCAACUUUCUCGACGGGGCGGAAGACUCCUACGACUUCAAUACGAAAAUCCCAGAACUCCCGGACGGCAUAACGGCCAGUGCCAAGACUGAUUCCAACACUUUCGCCAUGGCUCGCUAUCUGGAAGCGCAAGAUUUGUUGCUUGGCCCCAAACACGCACCUCCCAUCGCGGCUGCGCCCACCACCAUGGAGGAUGCAAUGGACACGGACACCACGAUCUCGAAUCCCGCCGGGUCCCUGUUGGAGCUCGCAGCCCUCGUAUCUUCACUGUCACAGUACGAAAACGAUCUGUCUGCUCUCCCCGCGUACAGCCCCUCGGAGAUAGACAACUUCCCCAUCGGCGAUGCCCUCUCCCUCUCACAGCGCUUCCUCUCCGCUAUACUCCACGACCACCAAGACGACCCCUCUGCCCGGGACAUGCCCUUGAUUCUGCUCACAUUGACCUGCUACAUGAAGCUCAUGCGCGUCUACUCAUCUGUCUUUGACUAUCUGCACGACCAUCUGAAAUAUCUACUCGCCGCAAAUGAGACGUAUCACUCACCGCGACUUGCGCCAUGGGACAUAAACGCGUACCGCGGCCUGCGGCUCAGUCAACUGCGGCCAAUUUGUCUUUGUGCGGGCUGGGCCCCCAUAAGGAAGGCUGUGUCUCUUAUGCUGGGCCUCCUGGGCAGGGUAGAGGGUGUGUUGGGUCUACCAGCUGACGUGAGGGUUGCUGCGAUCCAUCAAGCCGAUGCUGGUGGGAAAGGGUGUGAAGCUUCGAGCUUUCAGGGGAGUGUUAUCAAUGAUGGAGAGAGAGCUAUUUUGUUUGAAGGCAGCCUGAUGAACUCGCUGACGGAUCGACGUUUGUACAAGUCUGUGGAGGAGCACACGGGACAGCUGAAGGAGAAAGUUUCUAAUGUUGAGGCGAUGCUUAAGAGGUAUGAGGAGAGAUGA